GCCUCUUGCUUACAAAGGAACACCAGACGCUGUGCACCCUCGGCCACACCCAGGGCUGGUUCCAGAUCAGUCCCACGGGGUUUUCAGUGGUGGAGGUUUGCAAGUCUCCCCCCAGGCCCAAGUCUCUCCUCAAGUCUGGAAGCUUUUCUGAAAUCUGUUCCGCAUCAUACCCACUACCGUGUUCCAGGAACAUGGAAUCCUCUUUGGCUACCGGCACCCACAGAGUUCAGCCACUGCCUGCCUCCUCAGCCUUUUCCAGAUGACCAAUGAGACCCUCAACAUCUGGACUCACUUGCUGCCUUUCUGGUUCUUUGUGUGGAGAUUCAUGAGCAUGCUCUGUGUGACAGAUGUCCAGAAUGACAGCUACUCCUGGCCUCUGCUUGUGUACAUGGGCACCAGCUGUGUGUACCCCUUGGCGUCCAGCUGUGCGCACACCUUCAGCUCCAUGUCCAAGAAUGCCAGACACAUCUGCUACUUCCUGGACUAUGGUGCCGUCAACCUCUUCGGCCUGGGCUCAGCCAUCGCCUACUCCGCAUAUACCUUCCCCGACACGCUGGUGUGUACCACCUUCCAUGACUACUACGUGGCCCUGGCAGUACUGAACACCAUCAUCAGUACCGGACUCUCCUGCUACUCCAGGUUUCUCGAGAUCCAGAAGCCCCGGCUCUGUAAGAUGCUCCGAGUGCUCGCCUUCGCUUACCCCUACACCUGGGACUCCCUCCCCAUCUUCUACAGGCUGUUCCUGUUCCCAGGGGAGAGUGCCCAGAACGAAGCCAGCCUGUACCACCAGAAGCACCUGGCCAUGACCCUCCUGGCGUCCUUCCUCUACUCUGCGCACCUGCCGGAGCGCCUGGCUCCCGGGCGCUUUGACUACAUCGGUCACAGUCACCAGCUGUUUCACGUGUGUGUGAUCCUGGCCACGCACAUGCAGAUGGAAGCCAUCCUGCUGGACAAGACGCUGAGGCAGGAGUGGCUCUUGGCCUCCUCCAGGCCCCUUUCUGUCCUUCAGAUCACCGGAGCCAUCCUUUUGGGGGUCCUCUUCAGCCUCAGCAACAUCUUUUACUUCUCAGCUGCUCUCUAUCGGACCCCCGAGCCAGAACAACGCAAGAAAGAGACGUGACUCGGGCCACCAGCGUUUCGUGCCAGAUGCCGACAUUAAACCUCAACCCCCUCACCCCCGUCCUUGGUGCGAUGGCCUAGAACUGUCACAAUGAUUGGUAGCUUGGCGCUUGGGAGUGGGUACGUGGUGGAGAUUGGGGGACACGUUUCUAAGUUUGCUUGGAUUCGGUGUGUGAUUUUCAGAGGCGAGUGUGGGUUCGGUUCGUCAGGUUACACGGUCCUACGUGCAUUGAAAACGGGGUUUCUGUCUAUUUGAGUGUGGCUGGGUGUUGCACCCACCGAGCAGCCUUGGGUGUUUCUCCGAGAAGGGAGCUUGCUCCAUUUGAUGAAUCCCUCAUUGCAGAGCUCCUCCUGAGAGCUUCAAGGAGGGGCAGCCAGCCACAUUAAAAGGAGGCAGGUUGGGCAAGGGCACUGGGAGAGACUGGGAGAGGAAGAGGGAAGCGGGGAGGCCUGGGGCUCAGAGCUGGGAGACAUUCUGGCGUGAGGAGUUUGGCUCCCUCACCUCUUCUCCCCACAGGUCCAUUCUGCCUUCCAAGUGAAAGCCCUGUGUUAGCAUGACUUUGGAGUUCAGAAGCUUCUUUUACCCAAAAGGCCACAGCCCAUCACAGGGUGCCCUGUAUUCUGUUCCACGCUGUCUUGUUGACAAUGUGAUGUGCCGAGCAAGUUGAACAUGUCGGGAGGGGUCAACUGAAUUGCUGGUCAUCUGUUGUGUUCAUCCAGCACCGUUUUCACCUAUGAACGCACCAUCCUUGCGGUGCCAGGCAUUUGAUGUUGCUUCAGCUUUUCCCACGUGCCACCGGAUUUUGCAUUCAUGUGCAGAGGAUGCUAAAGACCUUACCAGGGAGACAGGGUCCAGUGUAGGGACCCUAGUCUAACACUGUACUGUAAGGAACACCUGGAGAACCUGUGAGUUCAGAUGCCGAGUCCUGGGCCCAACUAGGAGGUCCCACUUCAACAGGUUGGAAUGUAGGAUUUUAGCGAAAGCGUCACUGGACCAUGGCCCCUUGGGGUCGCUCGAGGCUAGACUCGAAAUGUGCCUUCCAGAAAGAUCUGAGCCAGUCAUCUAAGUGAUAGCAGCUUGUCCCCCAAAGACACUGCCCUCGCUUUAGGCUCAGCAGCUGCCUUGUGUGAAUAGGUGAGCACUUUCUCAUCAGCUGCAUUACAAAUGGAAGUUCAGUGUUUCAUGGUAUUUGCAGGGAGGACCGAAAAAUGCUGUGGCAAGCCAUUUCUAUCAGGGGCCCAUUGUCCUCUGAUCUGCACUUGCUAAUAACUUAGGAAAUCCUCCCUUACGAUGUGGGACCUCUGCUGAUUCAGGAACACCCCAGACCUUAGAAUAUUACUUCUGCGAUUAAGCAGCCCAGACCCUGGAAUAACCUUGUCAAUAGUUCAUCGUCCAAUCCUCCAAGACCAGUAACAAUUGCCACUGAUACGUGUGGUCGAGAAAUAUGAGCUCAUUAGCUUUAUUAUCUGCUUGCUGCUUCUGGGAACAGCAGGGUGAUACAAUAAAAUAAUCUGGGCUGGUAAAUUGGAGGUACAGAAUUGCCAGCCGGCAGUACACAAUUUGUUGCUUUGUGAGUGUGUGCCAUCAGCCAGACACUGGAAUUCUUCACCAGCAGGGGUAGCUUCUGCUCCAAUGUAAUGUAACUUCAGUUUCAUGGUGAAAGAAGGUAGCAGGUUUAAAUACCCUGCCUUGGGGCGGGGAAAAAUAAAAUGCCCUGUCCUACACGGCCAAAGACAAAAUGACUCAAAUUCUCUUUCUUACAGAGAGUAAAAUAAUUCUCAGUUUAGCUCAGAAGUAGGAGAAUGAUCAUGGAUGAUUCACUUGAAGGACCUUUAGAUGAUUUCAUCUUUGAUCAUGUUACCUUUUUUUUUUUUGCUGAAUGGCAAAAAUAAAGCCUUACAUCAACAGAAUCAGAUGAAUGAUUUCCCAUUUCUCCAAGGUUGGUACACUUCAUGCCUGUGGUACAGUUUUGGAAAUGGUCAAGAGUUAAAAAUUUUAAAACAGCUUGCAGGACACCGCUGUGGAAUCAUCUGAUGUCAAACGAGAAUGGGUUCAAAUAGUAAGAGUUCGAUAUUAGACCUCAAAUGUCCAAUGUGUAUAUUGUUUUUACCCAAGUCCAAAGGGUGGGCAGUGGGCCACUGGAAGACCUCGCUGGUAAAAUGUCUUGCAGUGCAGUGGGUCUCAAGGCUUUUGCUUUGUUUUCUUCUGGAAUGUCCCAGUCCACCUGUGAGGAGAUGUGACAUACUACUAUUGUGAAGAGUCUCCGAAGAGACUUUUGAGGAGAGACAAACUCCGAACGAGCUGCCCCUCUCUCCCCAGCCCCUGCUUCAGAAAUACGACCCGGACGCUCCAGCUACUUCAGCUGUGAUGAAACUUGAGCGUGUUUGAAUGAGGGCAUUCCGGUCAACUUUAUCUCCCUUGACCACCGAAAGGGAGCCUCUUUAGAGACGCAAUCUCCAUCUUCUUCCCCAAGAGAUGCACUCGUAAAUAUUGAGCGUUAGAAAGGUGGAGGCCUUUUGGGUACAAAGUGAUUUACCAAUUUGGUUUGCUGCAGUGUUUUCCAGAGGGGUCUUGCGCUGGUGUUUUGUUUUUGUGGGAUCCCCUACCCACGAAGUUCUGGGAAUGUAGAGGAGAGCAGGAUGGUGGUGUCGGGUGUUAGACUCUUCAUUUGCAUCUACUGUGUCCCCCCACUUUUUUUUGUCCUGAUCCCUUUUUAAUAACAGACACCGAUGAACACUGUGUAACACUUUACAUGUGGUGAAUGUUUCUGAUGUUCUAGCUCACAGUCUGUACGGAAAUGUCGUGAAAUGGCAAAAACUCAUUUCCAGACUCAGAGAUGGUCUAACUUCAUGAAUGUCUAGUUUUCUGGAACCGUGUGGGGAAAGUGAAAUAAAAUUUAUUUAUUAUAA